UGUGGUUUUAUUUUCUAAGUUAAUCUACAUAAAGUUCUCCAAUACCAUCAAUCUUCUAAUUAUACUAUUUUUAUUUUAAUAAUUAAAAAAUUCUGGUCCAUUUUCUGGGGUUUUUAAGUUAUCUUUCAUGAUUUCCUGAGGUUUCCUUACUGGGGUUCCCCUGGUGAGCCCCUUUAAUGCCUCAUCCCAGGUGCUUGCCGGAGACCUCUUCUGGAGGCGUCUGGGAGUCAUGCCCCACUCAGGAGGGAUCCUUGACCUACACUGCCUGGUGCUAAAGUCAUCAUCGCUAUUGAGUUUCUGCUUUCUACGACAGACGGGGCAGUGCUUCUGGCUGGUAUCCUCCCUUAGAACUGGGAGUGUAAGUCCCCCAGAAGACGUCAGCCCAUGCUGUGCUCUCUGCAGGACUCACCGCUGCCACAGGACACUCCCACACUCGUUGACUUUUGCUUCACCCACAGUUCAUCAUGGCUGUUUUUACGACUAGCCCUGAGGCCACACACGCCACGGGCCGCUAGCAUUUCUCGAAACAGUUGCCAAGAAUCCUGUCACUCUGGUCAAAGCCCAUAGCACUGCCAGAUCCAGCCAAAUGGCAUGUUUGUGUGGGACUCCUGGGACAAUUCCAACACUAACAGGGAUAGUCAAGAGGCAAGAGCUGCAUGUCUCUGAAGAACACAAACGGGAAAGGGAACCCUAAGACAGUGCAAAAGUAGGGCCUGCAGGAAGUUCCCUUCUUCACACUGCAGGAGGCAGCAGCUUCUAGAAUCUUCCACGCACCCACCCCACUCCCACCCCCGUCCUGGGACUCAAAGGAGCUGCCAUUGGUCGAAUUCAUUCUAAGCCUUGAGGCCACACAGUCACACCUCGGGCUUCUGAGGAGGGCAGCCAGCCAGCUGGUAGCUGGUGUCUCUCAAAUGUCAAACAAGGGGCAGUUUUUCAAAUUUUACAAAGACCACAAACUAGAACCAACUGCUACCACCAGGCUGGGAGAAUUGCUGAGCAGUUUGGACUGCAACGAAAGCUAAAGCAAAAGAAAGAGAGGGUUCAAAACGCGAGGUGAGGCUACGAUGGAGUUCAGGUGGUAGACUGUUUGCCUGACUAAAGCCCUGGUUCCACCCCCGGAACCACAUAAGCAAGGUGUGGGGACAUAGACAUAACCCUGGUUUGUAAUUUCAGCACUCGGGUGAUGGAGUCAGGAGGAUCAGAGAUUCCUGGCCACAUCGAGAGUUCAAGGCCAAUCUGGGCUAAAGGAGACUUUCAUACAAACAAAACAGAAGAUGUGCCCACACAAGACAGGAUGGGACCCUUCUCCUCUCUAGCGCCCUCUGCUGGCACAGCCUCUCAAGGGUGGCCAGCCAAGCCAGCAGCACCCUGCAGAGAUGUAUAGAAUCCCAGCAGCAGAUAAGGCAGGUGGGAAUGGAGCUUGGAGACAUCCCAACAGGUGACACCCUCAGGACUCAGCUGCCAACAGUCAUCAGACACCAUGAUUUCCUGAGUGUGACUGUCACCCUGUGGUCAUGAAGGGAGAUGCCAGAACUUCAGGUUUGCAGCCCAGAUUUCUUAAGGGACACGGUCACUGUCAGAAACAUGUUCCAGCUUGGCUCCACAAGCAAUAGGGACACAGGCAUCAUUGCCAUGAGGACCAUUUGCACUUGGUGAAUGUUGGGUUCCUCUUGGGACUCUCCCAUACAUCUAAAGUUUCCCCCCAGCACUCAGGUGGAAAAGAGAGUUGCUAGGGCCCGCACUUCUGGAAAUCCUAAGCUAGGGCCUGUGCAUGCUCUUUCUUAUUAAACACCAGCUGUGACCAGCAACUCGUGGUUUUAAGAUGAUCAGAGAGCCCUGAAUUCUUAGGGUUCACCCAUGUGAAACUGUCUCUUGUCCCUCUCUCUGCUGCAGACUGUACACACACCAGCCAUCACCCUCUGCCUCAGCUACAACCUGGCCUCCCACUGCUCUGUUGCCUGGAAUUGCCAGGGCCAACAGCCUCCGCACUCUGCUCAUUAGAGACGGAGGGUCUCUAGGGCCUGGCACAUGAUGGCCCCUCUGUGUCAUCAGUAGACAGAAGUGGUCUCUAAAGGGCCCCUGGGUGUCUGAGUCUAGACAGGAGAGCCCGUGAGGUCAUUGCUGGGCGUGUCUGAGCUUCCCUGACUAUCCCGAUUUUCUCUGAGUCCCAGGCUUGCUCAGGAAGACUGGAGGAAGGAGCUGGCUGUCUCCUGCCAUUCAUACCUGAGCCGAAGUUGAACCCAGCUUGCGAACAAAGUCCCUAGAGAGGCUAUUUCCUGACCAGCCCUAGCCCCUCCAACACCAUGUGACACUGAGGAGCCUGCUGACGCGGAGUCUGAGCGCCCGCCUGCAUCUAUCUCAGCAGCUCCGGCAGCAGCUGGAGCCUCCGCCUGGCCAGGAAUUUCCUGGCCAGUUCCUCCAAGGUUCAGGGUGGAGCAGGGAGACGCAGAACGGCCUUCCCUGGGGUAUGCAGGACUGUGUUCUCCCUAGUCCUCAUUUCUAACUGGCACUGAGGCCCUUGGUAUACGGACAGGCCUCUUCAGGUACAGAGAUCAUCCAGGCCCUCCAGGGAAAGCACAGAGCAUGCAGUAUGAGCAAGCCCCUGGGACAACUGACAGAAACCUUUCUAUCUCACGCCUUGGAGAGGGAGGUUAGUUGCAGGGGCGUCUGGAGAAACUCGACACAGACUUCCGCAGACAUCAGCCACGAUGUCCCUGAGAGUGCACACGCAUUCUCCCAGCACCCAGGGAGACAUGGCAUUCAACCUGACCAUCCUGUCCCUCACUGAGCUCCUCAGCCUGGGUGGGCUGCUGGGCAACGGAGUGGCCCUCUGGCUGCUCAACCAGAACGUCUACAGGAAUCCCUUCUCCAUCUAUCUCUUGGAUGUGGCCUGCGCCGACCUCAUCUUCCUCUGCUGCCACAUGGUGGCCAUCAUCCCUGAGCUGCUGCAGGACCAGCUGAACUUCCCUGAAUUCGUCCAUAUCAGCCUGAUCAUGCUGCGGUUCUUUUGCUACAUUGUGGGCCUGAGCCUCCUGGUGGCCAUCAGCACGGAGCAGUGCCUGGCCACUCUCUUCCCCUCCGGGUACCUGUGCCGCCGCCCACGCUACCUGACCACCUGCGUGUGUGCAUUCAUCUGGGUGCUCUGCCUGCUACUGGACCUGCUGCUGAGCGGCGCCUGCACCCAGUUCUUCGGAGCACCCAGCUACCACCUGUGUGGGAUGCUGUGGCUGGUAGUGGCAGUUCUCCUGGCUGCCCUGUGCUGCACCAUGUGUGUGACCAGCCUGCUCCUGCUGCUGCGGGUGGAACGAGGUCCAGAGAGGCACCAGCCCCGGGGCUUCCCCACCCUGGUCCUGCUGGUCAUCCUGCUCUUCCUCUUCUGCGGCCUGCCCUUUGGCAUCUUCUGGCUGUCCAAGAACUUGUCCUGGCACACACCCCUCUACUUCUAUCACUUCAGCUUCUUCAUGGCCAGUGUGCACAGUGCGGCCAAGCCUGCCAUCUACUUUUUCUUAGGCAGCACACCUGGCCAGAGGUUUCAGGAACCCCUCCGGCUGGUGCUCCAGCGGGCACUGGGGGAUGAAGCUGAGCUGGGGGCUGUGAGAGAGGCUUCCCAAGGGGGACUUGUGGACAUGACUGUCUAAGACCAGUGGGUCACAAUUGCAGCCCCAGCCCAUGGGAACUGCCUGACGUAGGUAAAACCUGGGAUCAAAGCUCCAUCGGUAAGACAAUGGAGGGGCAUCUUUGCUGAUGACCCAGUCAUGUGUCCCCUGGGAGGAUUCUGGGAAUGGGCAGAUAGAGAGCGAUGUGUCCGUGGAGGGCCUGGGGGGGGGGGUGCAUGUUAGGCAGAGCUCCAGGACCACCUCAUGACAGCUGCUUCCACGGCCACCCAUCCCCCUAUUCCAUGGCUACAGUGAGGACACAGGGCAGGCAUGAGACAGGCUAGUCAUGGUGGUGGGCAACUGUCCCUCUACCACUAGCAUCCUCCUAGCUAGAGUGUGUGGUGACUUUUCUCGGCGUCCCAUGCUCCUUCCUUUGGUGAGGCAUAAAUGACACUGAAACUGGACAUUCAGUUAGGUACAGAGGAAUAAGUGGCUGAACUAUGGCAGCAGGCAUCCUCCUGACUCCACAUCACAGCCAGAGAGCAAAGCUGGCACAGGCCUGCCAUCCCAGCUGCUUCAGAGAUUGUAACCCCUGACUGGGCCAUAUCUGUAACUCUAGUUCCAGGGGAUCUGUCUCUCUCUUUUGGCUUCUGCAGGCACUGCAUGCAUGUGGUAUACGUACGUACAUACAUACAUACAUACAUACAUACAUACAUACAUACAUACAUACAUGUGUGUGAGUCCAAACGCAUGUGCUCUCUCUCACGCGCACGCAUACACACACACACACACACACACACACACACACACACACACACACACACACACACACUAAAAAUAAGCUUUAGAAGACCCACCUCAGGAAACCAAGCACAGAGGGAAAUGUGUAAAGGAGAGAGACCACUGGAGGAUAUAAACCUCGCACGAACACUUCAGGAAACCUAGUGGCUCUGGGAUCUGAAUCUCAAAGUGAGGUUCUCUGCAUGGGCAGCAAGCCCCUUCCAAUGCACCUCUACCUAGGAGGAGAGAGCCCACGGCUUCCGCACAUGGACAGUUCUCUCCUCAACCUCUUUCCUGGACAGAGCCUACCUACCUAGCAGGGGUUCUCUGAGGAAGCAGCCUGGCUGCAGGCCUCCUCAGGUGCCUGAGCUCCUGCCUAGUCAGGAGCACAGAGAUGAAUGGGACCCCAACCCCAAUCUAGGCAGGGGUGGCUUGGGAGCCCACUGACCCUGAAAGGAUUUGCCACCAUCCAUGUAUCAUCGCACUGACUCACCCCUUACCUUUCUACUUCCUCACUGAAUACAGUCAGUUGACUUACAACCGCAGUGUUUGGAGUUGUGUCCAGCAGCAAUUCCCAAGAGGAUUUUAUUACUUCAUCAGCACUCCAGACCCACAUUCAUGACAUACUUGUCUCCUUUGACAUCUGUGUGGAUGUAAUCCUGACUCGGACCAGGCCCACAGAUGGAGGGACACUUGGUCUCUGUCAUGAAUAAAAUUGUUCCUGAGACUGGACACGGACAUCAGAACCCGCCUGGCAUCCCAGAAUUGGCGACUCACUCCCCUACCCCACUCAGGUUGUGUUGGGAUGCACCCUGUGGUAUGGUGCCUUCAUCUCAAAAUCUCUGGCAAGUCUAAACUCGGGGAUGCCAGGAGACUAGGAGCUUGGGGUGCUGGUCCUCCUCUUCCUUUGCAUCCCCCACGAGGGCCUUUCCUCACCCACGCUGGAGCUUAGGAGCCAGUGUGGCUGUCUGUCUGCCUCCAGUACAGGAUUCCCAACUUCAGUUCCUCGGUUUGAGAACUGAGAGCAGGCAGGGAAGUAGCCUGUCCUCAAGUCCAAUUUUGACCUCUGGACACCCACUUCUCCCUGAGCCAGCCUUACCGGUGUCUACCCAACUGGACAUUAGCCCAGAGUCUCUGAGGUUCCGAGAACCCCGUGUCUGCUUGAGACAACCCGGAGCAUGGCACAGACCAUCUCUCUACUCCUAGUUUGCUUUAGCUGUCAACUUGACAGAGUCCAGAGUUGUCUGAGAGUCUUGGCUAGGGAGCUCUUUUGGUCAGGUUGGCCUGUGUGCAUUGUCUUGAUUGCUAAUACAUGUGUGAGAGCUCACUCCACUGUGAGCAGAACCACCCACAGGCACAUGGGCCUGGGCUUUAUAAAAAGCUAGCUAAGUAAGCAUGAGCCUAGGGGCAAGUCAGUAAAUGGCUUUCCUCCAUGCUUCCUGCUUCUGCUACUGCUUGAGUUUCUGCCCUGACUGCCCUCAGUCAUGGACAAUGACCUGGAAGUGCAAACCUGACCGUCUUCAGUGACGGACAGCAACCUGGAAGUGUAAACAAGCCAAAUAAAGCUUUUCCUCCCUGA